CGAAGAGCGUUUUUUGGUAUGUUAUAUGACUAUUUGUUCUUUUAUGAUUCAAGGCAAAUGUAUCGUCUACCGUGUCCACUAUCCUCUAGAUAGCUUGUGGGAUAGACGCGCACCACUAGGAUAGGGCGCAGGGACUGGAUCCUCCCAAACCGCUCGGCUGUCUCGUUCUCACACCAAUUGCUGAUUUGGUCAUCCACUCAAUUCAGGAGGAGGGUAUACGCUCGCACUUGGAAUACCACCAUCCCCUCGGACAUACUUGACACGAUGCCAUCAUUGCUUUCCAAGAUACUUCACAAGAAAUCACCCAGCAAAGACUCCGGAGCAGACCACUCAACGGUAGACGAUGAAGAUCCCUUUGUGUCCGUCGACUCUGGUAGUCCAUCCAUGACAUCUUCUCGCUCACGAUCGAUCUCCAUGGACGAGGCUCCAAUAACGCCGCGGUCAGGCUCGGAGUCUGGGACUGUAUCGACCUCGCCUCAUUCUCCGGUCUUUCAUCGAAGACAAGGAGAUGGUCCCGAGUUUGUAUCGCCAUCUCGGAGUGCUCCACCGCCGCCACUACCACCAAAAGACGACGACCGCGGAAAUCUGGCUACUGUCACGCCUUUCAGUGGACUGCCCCCUGGUGCGGAACCUGCUCGUCUGACGAGACCAGCGGAUGUCUUGAUUGUGCCCUCUGCAGGGACCCAAGCUGUCAGUUUGGGAACCUCAUCGACAUCUGGAAUUCGACCGCUGGACUCGAUUAUCCCUGGUCCGAGUAGCUCCCCGCUUGGCAACCUCGAAGAACGGAUGCAACGCGUGGGACUAGACGACAAUGUCUACAUGGACCAAUCCGUCAUUCCAAAAGCUGCUACUAUCACCACGUUCAGUCCACAUCGUCAGCCACUGGAAGAGUCGAGGAGAUCCUUGGUCGAAUCCAUUAUCAAGGAGACUCAGGAGCGAAAAGCUGCGAAAGGGGAUUUGACGGACGAAGCGAGAGAGAUAUUCCGACGUGCCGGACUGGAGGAAUCUCUUCUGAAAACGAACACGGUGGACAUCAAGACUAAAUGGCUGGAACCGGUGAUUCAGGAACACAUUAUUCCCCGCGAACGACACGAAUACAUUACCAUCAUUGAUCGACACAUCCAUAGACAUCAUGUAUACCCAAAGAUUCAACCCAUUGAAGAUCCUGACCCAAUCAUAUUGGAAACCAGGCAUAGAAUAUUCUCACCGAAAACAGGUCAUUGGCACGAGGUGAUCGGUGACGAUGCUGCUCGAGCUAUUCUCGGCGAAGACGUCUUCACCAACGGACCUAAAGAAGUCCGGAUGAAACGCGCGAGGGCGCUACCCGAGAUCUACGCUGCAGUGACUGCUGCACCGUCAGAGGACGAGACGAGCAUCGUUCCUCGACGUCUCCCGGCUCUGUUCAGCGGUUCAGAGGAAGAUUUGACGGAGGCUGGUUUCGGAACUGGAGGUCGAGGUGCUGUCGAACGGGAAGGAUUGAAAGGCGAGAAUCUGGGUCAAUGGAGACGCGUGCAGCCUGGAAUCCUCUUUGGACAGAAGGAGAAUGACCACGUAGCGAUGGUUAAUUAGAUUCAAUCCCAUAGCAUUGACUGUUGAACGUUUCUUUAUUUCUCGCUGCUGCUUUGUAUGUAUGUAGGCAUUUGAUUUUGCAUUGGCGACCACAUUGAGUGU